AUGGGCAAUAGCCAGGGCAAGCCCAUUGAGUUUGGCGAUGAAGUGAAUCUAAACCACUUCCGCCUACUGCGAGUCGUCGGCCGGGGUGCCUUUGGCAAGGUUCGCAUUGUUGAGAGAAAAGACACGAAUCUGUCCUUUGCUCUUAAGUACAUCAGGAAAGAUGAAGUUGUUCGAUCCGAAAGCGUUCGAAAUAUCAUCCGAGAAAGGCGGAUGUUGGAGCAUGUCAACCACCCAUUUAUCUGCAAUUUACGAUACAGCUUCCAGGAUAUCGAAUACAUGUACUUGGUCGUGGACCUCAUGACAGGUGGCGAUUUGAGAUUCCACAUUUCGCGAAAGACUUUCACAGAGGAGGCUGUGAGGUUCUGGAUCGCCGAGUUGGGCUGUGCGCUGAGGUACAUACACGGUCAAAAAAUCAUCCACCGAGAUGUCAAACCUGAUAAUGUGUUGUUGGACGGCGAGGGACAUGUUCACUUGACGGAUUUUAACGUGGCGUCCGAUAUAGUACCUGGAAAGGUCUUGACGAGCAAGUCUGGGACUCUAGCCUACCUUGCCCCUGAAGUUUAUGCAGGACGUGGAUACGACGUGAGGGCUGAUUGGUGGUCAUUGGGGGUACUGUUCUACGAGUGCAUCUACAAUAAGAGGCCUUUUGAGGGUGGUUCAGAGUCAUCGCUCAGUCAGGUCAUUCAAGCUGCAAACCCAAAGUACCCUAUCACAUCACCUCCAGUAUCCCUGCUCUGCUUAUACGCCAUCAAGGAUGCACUGCAGCCCAACCCGGAUAAGCGAAUGGGUGCAACAUGGGAAAGUUUUACCCGGCACGACUUCUUCUCGUGCAUUGACUUUGAGGCUCUGGAGCGGAAGCAAAUCGAGCCGAUUUUCAUUCCGUCCUCCGAUAAGACCAACUUCGACGCAACAUAUGACCUUGAGGAGCUACUGCUAGAGGAGGCGCCCCUGGAAGCCAGAGCCCGGAGACAAAAGCCUCGAGAGAGAUUAAAGGACGAUGCUACCGAGAAGGAGAUUCGCGAGGAUGAGCUCUAUCGCAUGAUUGACAGGGACUUUAGACCCUUUGACUAUACACUAGCAGCGUACAAGAAAAUCACCGGCCAGAUGGAAGACCAGCAAGGCGAGCAACAAGAUCCCAGCAGCAGCAACCGCCAAGGCUCAAACCUGCAAACACCCGGGCCGCCACAAGCCCUAACUACCGAUGAGGCUACCCAAAUGGUCAACACUGGCCACUCAGCACAAGCUGGUGCCCACGGAAACAGUGUUGCACGCCAGGUUUCUUCAUCGUCGCAUAAGUCGCACCGCAGCGGCCAUGAUGGCAGUGCAGGCUCUCAUCCUGGGUCCCGCAAGCAACCACCAGGAAGGUUGCCGCCGCUCAUGCCGUAUCCGACUUCGUACACCAACUCUCAAGGAACCGGUGCGGGAAUUCAUCGCACGGGACGCCAGGGCGCCGCCGCGAUGGUCGGAAGCCCAACUGGUGGUGUUCAGGUGACGUUAGACGGAGCUGGUUCCUGGUCCGACCUGGCUCGGCAGGAUGCUACCCUGCCGGCAGAUGCCAAUGCAGCCAACGAUGGUGGCAAAGAUAGUGGCUCAUCCGGAGGAGUGUUUGGGUUCCUUAGUCGGAAAAAGGGCCGAAGCCAUAGCCCGAAACCCAAGGAGAGAGGCGUACUCGGGAAAGAAGGUGCUAGGCAGGUCAUUGGAUGA